AUGAUCAACAAAGCCCAGAUGACCUUUCCCUCUCCCUUUGACAUUCCCCAGUACUCACUCCUGCCAUGUGUCUGUCUCUCUGUUCCUCCUCUCGUCCUGCAGGCCAACAUAGCAGACUACGGGGACAACCAGUGGGUGACCUGCUUCCAGGAGAGUGCUGAAGCCAUCCUGGGACAGAACGCUGCUUACCUAGGGCAGCUCAAGGACUCGGUGAGCCUUACUCCCUGUCUCCCUCCCUUACUCCCUGUCUCCCUCCCUUACUCCCUGUCACCCUAUCUGCCUGGCACCCUCUGCCUGCCUGCCUGCCUGCUUGCCUCCCUGUCACCCUCUCUGCCUGCUUGCCUCCCUUUCACCCUCUCUGCCUGCUUGCCUCCCUGUCACCCUCUCUGCCUGCUUGCCUCCCUGUCACCCUCUCUGCCUGCUUGCCUGCCUCCCUGUCACCCUCUCUGCCUGCCUGCCUGUCUGGUUCAAAGCCUGGCCUGAGGAAAGAGCCUGGGGAGGUGCUGAGCCCCAGGCAGUGUCUAGCCUGGCCCUGCCAGCCACCAGCACCAGCUACUGCUCUGCCUGAACAGGCUGCUGUGCCGUGUGGUCUCUGUAGGCCCUCACACAGCCUCUAUAACCCAAGGACUUCUAUUUUAAAAAUCACUUGUGAUUAUUUCCGUUUUUUUGCACUACAUUAUAUUUUUUCAUUUUAAUUAGAUGGAAAACUGCUUUAAUUUAGAACCAGCCAUCUUGAUUUAAUCAAUGGCUUUUUAAUGGAAACUAGCAAAUUUGUCAUUAAAGUUAAAUUGAUCCCAUUUUGUAAAUUUUCAUGCAGAAUGAAGCUGCCUUCGAGGAGAUCUUUCAGCAGGCCAACUUCCACACCUUUGUUUUCCGCAACAGAGUCAAGCUGGAGACCUACAAUGUAAGUAGCACCUGACAGAUAUUGGAUAUCCGAUACAAUACUUAUUUUUGGGAGGCAAAAUACACUAUACCUGUUCCAAUUCAUCGGCCGAUGCAUUGUAUUUCAGAUGUGAUAUGAAAAGUCAGUUUUCUGUACAGAUUUAGCUCCAAAUGAAAAACGGCCCUUCAAAGAUGCUUUUGA